CUCGUCUCUCCAAGCUGAAGCGUGAAGAGCGACCAGGAGAAAACAAAGUAGUUCUCGAGAGAGAAGUUCGAUAGGCUUGUUCGGGGGAAAGAUGUCGAUGGUCACGGAGGACAUCAGGGCCAAAGCGGAGGUCUACUAUGGGGACGAAAUCUGCCAGGAAAAGUCGAAGUUCCUGCUCAAGGAGGUUGGCUUGCCCAACGGGCUGCUCCCGCUGAAGGACAUCGAGGAGUGCGGGUAUGUGAAGGAGACCGGGUUCGUGUGGCUCAAGCAGAAGAAGAAGAGCGAUCACAAGUUCGACAAGAUCAACAGGCUUGUUAACUAUGCCCCGGAGAUCACUGCUUACGUGGAGAAAAGCAAGAUCAAGAAGCUGACCGGCGUCAAGACUAAGGAGCUCCUUGUGUGGGUCACCCUCAGCGACAUCUUUGUUGACGAUCCUCCGACUGGGAAGAUUACCUUCAAGACCCCGACUGGCCUCCACAGGACCUUCCCGGUUUUUGCUUUCGAGAUCGAGGAGGAGCCCAAGAAGGGUGUGAAGGUAAGCUCAGAUCAUAGCAACAUUGAUGCUGUGAAGGUGGAGGAGGUUUGAACGGUCUCUGCAGAACUUGCAGACAAUAAAUAAAGAUCUAACGCUAAAAACUAUACUGCUGCGGCUUCUGCCAGUGUCUGCAAAGGUUUCGCUUAUAAGCUGUUUCCUAGUUCCACCAUGUCCCAUCUUUCUCGGUUUUUUUUUUUUUGGGAAUGUAAUGUUAGAGUUUCUUCCUGAGCUAGCUAUCGAGAAGAUCAUCACAAAGGAGAAUUAGUAUUCACGGGCUAUAACCAAAUCUUUACUGUAUGAUCUCUUUGGAUCUCCCUUUACCUGAUCUUCCAGAUCGACAGGAGGGAAAAAAUCACCAAGAAGUUAUUCGGGUAGGAACAAUGUGAUAUCCUCUUCUCUUGUUAUA